AGUCACAUCAACAACCUAGCCAUCAUUUAAUUUUCCCCUCUUUUCACGCCAUCAACCAUGCCUUUUCAGCAGAUUCAUCUUCUCAAAAAUCUUUUUACUUUACCUGCUAAUUUGUCUUCUCACUUCCUCCUUCACCACCAGAUUCAAUCUGGAUUUCUUCUCCACCUUCCUUCUAGAGUGAUCUCACUAUGGUUCAGCGCAUCCUCCUUCAGACCCAUUGAUAAUAUUAACUUGAUGGCUUCUAAUCCUGCCCGAGCUUUUGCUACUAACGAGGAUGAGAUAUUACUAUGGAGAAUCGUCUUUGAGGCUUCAAACUCACCCAUCUGGUCCCAAACCACUAAACCUGAAGCCGAUCUAAACCAUCUCCUGUCAAAGGCAGCAUCAAACUGUACUGUAGUGCUCGUUGUCAUCCUUGGUGGUUGAUGAGUCUUCACUGUAGUAAAGGUAAGCUUUUUAUCGCGCACCCCUUCAAGUUCUGCAACAUAUCUUCUAAUUUUUUGUGACAUAUCUAUGACUGUAAUGUGUUUUCUUUUAUGUAUAAACUGAUUUCUUGAGCCUCGAAUGAACCAUAAGGUGCAAUAAAAGAAAUCGCACUGUUCAUUAGUGUCUUUUCUAAAAGCCCAGGUCAGCCACUCCUAGAUGUUGUGGCUUGUAUGCGAUGUAACCCAAGAAAGAUCUAACUCUUGCCAUAACUCAUUUGUUGCCGAACACUGUUUAAAAACAUGGAAGCUAUCCUCUGCUCCGGAGUUACAACGGGGAUAUGUGUCAUUUGUAACCACACGUUUGUGUCUAAGAUUAACUAAUAUGGGGAUGUAAUUCCAAGAGAUCCUCCAAAUGGUUAAUUUAAGUUUUAAUGGUAGCUGUAAGUCCCAUAGUUUCCUAUAAAA